AUGAGUGCACCCGCUUAUUAUGAGCUUUAUCGGCGUUCAACCAUUGGUUCUACGUUAACCGACGCAUUAGACACACUUAUUCUGGAUGAGAAAAUCCAACCUCAAUUGGCGAUGCGUAUUUUAAAUAACUUUGACAGAAUUAUAUCUGAAUUAUUAAAGUCUGACCUGGGAAUCGCAAAGUCGAAGUUAACAUUUAAGGGAGAUUUACACACAUAUGGUUUUUGUGAUGACGUGUGGACGUUUAGUAUAAAAAAUGCAUCUAUAAAAUUAUCUGAUGCUACAAAUUCAGGAGGUGAUACUUUAGGGGAUAAUGAAAUUAGUAUUGAUAAAUUCAAGAUAGUCGCUUGUAACUCAAGAAAAGCAGGUGAUUCUUAA